AUUGCGGCACGUGAUUGCCGAUCGGCCUUAUCCAAGAUGAUUGGAGGACUCGUUUACCACCUUGACGACAUCCAUCGUCUUGAACAAGCCUUCCAGACGAUACAUGUCUGACCAUAGACAAAUCACGAAGACGAAUGACUGCUUGCUAACCCCCCUUAGCCAACACUUGUGUGCAUCCUUUACAGAACUUACUUGGCCUACCGGACUUCUUGCUGGCCACCUGGACCCUUAUCAGCCGGGGCCGAGAUCAUUAAUAUCCGGUGCCACCUGCGCUGUUCCAGGUCAAACUGACGCUUGAUACGGCGUUACCAAGCCUGCAACCCUCAUGGUGGUCUAGGUGGCCUCUUGCUCAGUGCGCUCGUAUUGGGAACGGAGCAAAAUAACAUAGACACGAGAGCGCAAGCCAUCCCAAAAGCCUCCAGAGACGAGCCAGCCCCAAAUCACGGUUUUCGCAAUUGGGUUACCGGAACACAUCCAUCAGCUUUGGCGGGAAGUGGGGGUGAUAGGUCUUUUGAGAUACGAAGACCGAAAACUCUGAGUUUCCCCGGAGUCCGAGGUUCCACAAGAGAAAGAAGAAGAGGUUGUACCGAGCACAGCCUUGUCGGCCCAGCCCCCAGCCUCGCGAGACCUAGUAACGAGUCGGAAUCGGAACCACACACAGAAACAGGCUUUCUUUUCCUCGACGAACCAGCGGAAACAACCCCCGGCCAGAAUGGCAUCAGAGGGCCCAACAACCCAACCUCAAUCCCCCGAGGUCGACCUCAAAACCUUUAUCGCGCAGAUGCCCAAGGCGGAGCUCCACGUCCACCUGGAAGGCUGCCUCACGCCAGACCUCGCGCGCGGCCUCGCGGCACGGAACAACCUGCCCGCCCCGGCGUCGCUGGCGCACCUGGAACCGUCGCACCCGGAGGCGGGCUACGCGUUCAACGACCUCACCUCGUUCCUGCAGAUCUACUACCCGAACAUGGCCGUGCUGGUCACGGCGGAGGACUUCUCGGACCUGGCGCUGGGCUACCUGCGCACGGCGCACGCCCAGAACGUCAAGCACGUCGAGCUCUUCUUCGACCCGCAGGCGCACACGUCGCGCGGGGUGCCCUUCCCGACCGUGGUGCGCGGCUACCGGCACGGGAUCGCCACGGCGCAGCGCACGCUGGGCAUCUCCGCGAGCCUGAUCAUGUGUUUCCUGCGCGACCACAGCGCCGAGUACGCCAUGUCGACCCUCAUGGAGUCGCUGCCGUUCAAGGACAGCAUCAUCGGCGUUGGCCUCGACAGCGAUGAGCGCGACAACCCGCCCAGCAAGUUCGCCUCCGUCUUCCAGCGCGCCUCCCGCGAAGGCUACCUGCUCACCAUGCACUGCGACAUCGACCAGCCCAACAUCUUGGCGCACAUCGGGCAGGCCGUCAACGAGAUCCAAGUGGACAGGAUCGACCACGGCACGAACAUCCUUGAUUCCCCGGAAUUGGUCGACACGAUCAAGACCCGCGGCAUCGGGCUGACUUGUUGUCCAAUUUCCAACUCCGUCGUCACCGAGGAUUUCAAGGGGCGGGAAAUUCUCAGCCUCCUACGACAGGGCGUCAAGGUUACCAUCAACAGCGACGACCCAGCCUAUUUCCGUGGCUACGUGAACGAGAAUAUGUUGAAGAUGGCCGAGGGCACCGAUGUCACCAAGAAGGAACUAAUCCAACUGCAAAGAAAUGCUUUUAUGAUCAGUUGGAUCUCGAGUUGGCGGAGGAACCAUUUCUUGCAGAUGUUGGACGAGUAUGAGAGAAAGAUGUUGGGCAAUAUAGAAGGAGAAGCUUUAGUAAACGGCAUUUGACGAUUGAUGACCUGCUGUGCAGUAGCCCGAAAGAAGCAUGCGACGAUGCGGAAGGGUAUCUUUACACUAAUAAACAUAGAAGCCAAC